AUGUGUAAUAAUAAUUAAAAUAUAAUAGACAAAAAUACAUUUUAUGAUUUUUUCGACGCCUAGUUUCCUCUAUACGAUUUCAAAAGGUCUAAAACAGAACCUAAUUCUUAUGUAAAAAGUUAAAUUUUAGAUAAAGAUAACACAAAUAACGAAGAGGAUAUAAUUUAAAAAGUCAAAAGUUUAAUAAACGGUAAAAAUAUACUCCUAGAGAGUAAAUUCUAAGCACUAGAUCCUUAAAAAACAGGAAAAAUAUCAAUUUUAGAAUUUAAAAAUGUCAUAAGAUCUUUAGGAUUAAAUUUAAAAGCAAAAGAAAUAGACUAAAUAAUAGUUAUUUGUGACGAUUAAAAAGACGGGUUUAUAAAUUAUAUAAAUAUUCUACAAAAAUUUAAAUAAAAUAUGUCAUCUAAUAGAAUUUCAUAAAGAUAAAAUAUACGUUUAAAAAAAAUAAAAUAAAAUUUAAUUUAUUAUAUGAUAUCUCCAAUAGACGCAUUUAGAUAAUUUAAUACUGAUCAUACAGGAAAAAUGAGUUUUGAAUAAUUUUAUAAUUUUAUAUAGAAAUUAAGUUAAAUGUCUAAUGAAGAAUUACCUUAAUUUGAUAUAAUAAAGGACAUUUUUCUUACUUUAGAUACCAGAAAUGAUGGUUUUAUUGAUUAAAAUGAAUGGAUAAAUACUUUUAGUACAUUAAAAGAUGAAGAAAAUUAGAUAAUUUAUAAUAAGACAUUACUUUCUUAAUUUAAAAAUAAUACAAAAUCUAAUUUUGAAUUAAUAUAUAAAACUCAGAAUUUAAUUAAUUCUGAUUGUUUUUAGAAUAAUGUGAAAGAUUUUAAUAACCUUAUUUCUAUAAUAGGAAGAAAUAGAAAAUAUUUAAUGUAAUAAUUCCAUAAAAUCAAUUAGGUGAUUACUUAUGAUAUUUGUGUAAGUGUUUUGAAAAAAAUGUUUAAUAAUUUGGGUAUAUAUAUUGAUGAUUUAUGUUUUAAUAAGCUUAUUAAAUUUGCUUAAAGAGAAGGUAAUAUAAUCGACUUUAAAUUUCUGCUUGAUGUCUAUAAAGAAAGAUUUAGUAAAAUUAAUAUUUAACCAAAUAUUAGUGUACUUUGA